AUGGAAGAGAGGUGGUUGGUUUUCGUCGGCCCUUACGAGCACCACUCGAACCUCCUCUCGUGGCGGCAAAGCUUAGCUCAAGUGAUCGAGAUCGGUCUGGACGAGGAUGGCUUGUUGGACAUGGAGGCUCUUAGACUACAACUCGAGUCAUACAAGUACUCCAACCGCCCGAUUUUGGGUUCCUUCUCGGCUUGUAGCAAUGUGACCGGAAUUUAUUCGGAUACACGAGCAAUCGCUCGACUUCUUCAUCAAUAUGGCGGCUUUGCAUGCUUUGAUUUCGCAGCAAGUGGGCCGUAUGUGGAAAUUGAGAUGAGGAGUGGACAGAUAGACGGGUACGAUGGUAUUUUCCUGAGCCCACACAAGUUUGUAGGUGGGCCCGGAACCCCAGGCAUACUUGUGAUGAGCAAGGCACUGUAUCGGCUCAAGUCUUUUCCCCCAUCAACUUGUGGAGGUGGGACUGUUGCUUACGUCAAUGGCUUCAAUCCUGAGGACACAGUGUACUGCGAGGACAUAGAAGAGAGGGAAAACGGCGGUACUCCUCAAAUCAUCCAAACAAUUAGAGCAGCCUUGGCUUUCUGGGUGAAGGAAUACAUUGGUUAUCAAAUCAUUGAAAAGCAAGAGCAACUCCAUGUUAAAAGGGCACUAGAGAGGCUUCUCCCUAACCAAAACAUAUGGAUUUUAGGAAAUACGACCGCCAAAAGACUAGCCAUUUUGUCCUUCCUCGUUUAUUCUACGACCAAUUGCUCAUCAACGGCUGCCACGAAAACAGAUAUUGGCAGAGAGGGAGCUGACCAAGGGCUCUACAUGUGGGGAGAGACGGGAAACAGCAGAGGCAAGCCACUUCAUGGGGGUUUCGUCGCAGCUCUGCUCAAUGAUCUAUUCGGUAUUCAGGCUCGAGGCGGCUGCGCUUGUGCUGGACCCUAUGGUCACAAGCUCCUCAAAAUUGAUCACACUGUUUCACAUGCCUAUAGAUCUUCCAUUCAGAAGGACUAUCUUGGAGUGAAACCAGGGUGGACUAGAAUCAGCUUUCCCUACUACAUGUCAAACGAUGAACUGGAGUUCAUUUUAGCUGCGCUGGAGUUCCUAGCUACAUAUGGACAACGUUUUCUUCCCCUAUAUAACUUCAGUUUGAUAAGUGGAAGUUGGACUUGCGAUCAGAAGGCACUUCAAGACCUAAUUGGGAAGACCAACUUCAACUUCGAUGUCGUUAGUUUGCCCACCCAUGGGGACAAUGCUACACAGGGAAUGUCAUCUAAAGACAGAAACAAUAAGCUGCUCGCUACCGCUACAAGCAUUGCGAAUUGCUUGCCCAAGUUUCCUCCUCAGCGUAGGCUUCUGGAAGACAUAGACAUCAACAUGUUGUACUUCAGAGUCUAACAAUUUGUUAAUUUUUAUGAUACGUUGGGUUUCUUUGUAAUAUAAAAUGUGAACUUCAUAUUCGUUUGGCAAUAACAUGUCAUCAUGUUUGGAUUACCCAC